AAUCUCUCUUUGCUCCCUUUGUUAGAAGUUAAGCUACUGUGGAGUCCAUUGUUUUCAAGUCCAUUGUUUUCAAGAUUUGGCUGUAAAUUGAGAAUCUAAAAUUACUCACUUAAAGAUAUUAAGAGUUCUGAGACUGCUGUGAGGACUGGGGUACAUAUCCUGAGUUUUAGAUCUUUAAUGACUUUCUUGUCACACAUAUUCAGGCCAUGUGCUGUCUAUACAUGUUUGUACAUUGGCAGAGAAGGAUGAAAAAAUGUUGAUAAGUGAUUAUUAGUUGUCUCUUCAACAAGUCUAGUCUCUAUGCUGCAGAUCAGCUCUGCUAUUAAUUUGUCCGGCCAAAUUGUGCUCUGUAUUUUAGAAAUUGGGAGGGAUGAAAGUGCUUAAUGACUUAUUAUAUUGCUACAUAACUUUUACAGCAUCUCUAAGAGGAAUCUCAACCAACAGUUACACUAUCAAAGGAAAAGUGAGAAUAACAGCCAGCUUCUCAUUGAAAGCAAACUGUUACAGUGUAGGAGUGCUGACUUAGAGGGACAGAAUAUUUAUUGUCUAUCUUCUAAGAGAACGGCAGUUGGUGGUGGCCAGUUCUUCUCUUGAAUCACAGGUAUUUUCUGGCUUUGAGAAAAUUGUAAUGCUCUUUUACUGUGUGCUUUCUACCAAGGUGUCCAAAGUGAAUUUAUAGGUUGUGGUCACAUGUCUCUCAAAAGUAGAAUGUACAAUAGCAUAAGUUUAGCAAACAGUUUGGAGGAUACUAAAUCACACCAGAACAAUUAAAAAAAUCAUUUGUUUUUAAACAAAGAUCAGGCUAAUGUGGCAUAAUAAUAUUGCCAAAUUAAGUUCUUCUAGUGUAAUAUUCCCUUUGUGAAUUGAUGACUAAUGAGUAUUGCAAUUGUAUUCCGGUCUUGUUCUUUUCAACAUGUGGUGAAUUCACAGAGGAUGCUUAUAAAAUACGAAUACGCAUUGAUGACGAACCUGCCAAUCUGGAUAUCUUGGACACAGCAGGACAGGCAGAGUUUACGGCCAUGAGAGACCAGUACAUGAGGGCUGGUGAGGGAUUUAUCAUCUGUUACUCAAUCACAGACCGGCGCAGUUUCCACGAAGUGCGUGAAUUCAAACAGCUCAUCUAUCGUGUUCGACGCACUGAUGACACUCCUGUGGUCCUGGUGGGGAAUAAAUCUGAUCUGACACAGCUACGGCAGGUCUCUAAAGAAGAAGGCUCUGCUUUAGCACGAGAAUUCAACUGCCCUUUUUUUGAAACUUCAGCUGCAUACCGUUACUAUAUCGAUGAUGUAUUUCACGCUCUCGUGCGAGAAAUCCGCAGGAAAGAGAAAGAAGCAGUAAUGGCAAUGGAAAGGAAAUCAAAACCUAAAAGCAGCAUGUGGAAAAGACUGAAGUCACCUUUUAGAAGGAAGAAGGAUUCAGUCACUUGAACAGAGAGAAUUCCUCUGCAAAAUAAAACCUGUGAACAGCCAUUUGUAACCAAAGCAGUUUAGUGACAAUGUCUUGACAGCAUGUUUUAAACCCGAUGGGACUUCUCCAAGGGAAUGCUUAACUUUUACCAAUUAUUUUUCUUCAGAAUUAUAUUCCCUUCAUUUUGGAUAUUUAACUUAAGACACAGUCACAGUUACACUUCUGUUAUAAUUUUUUUUACUGGAUCCAGCAAAUGUUGCUUGUAUGUCAUUGGUUACAAAUGCUGAAAGGUUUAUGUCCCUGCACUUUUCCAUGUUUGUUUUCAGUCGCUGCGUACUGGAAGCUGAAUUGUGUAAAAUAUUGCUGAAGUACCCAACCUAACUUAUUUUUUUUUCCUAGUUGUUUGCACAAGAAAGUGUUGCUGCUCUCUGGAACAGUAACCCACAUCAUGAGAGGCGACUUGUUGAGGUCGCGCUGAAGAGAAGUUUACAGAGUGUGUGUCACGACUCGCAGCCUUGGCUGUGUGCAGGCGUGAUUGAACGGAGCUGUGCUAGAGUUCUUGUGUUCUCAUUGAACAGAUUUCUUUCCAGCAAAAGUAACAUGGAAUACUUGUACAAGUUUAUCUAAAUUAUCAGCUAACCAGCAGUGUUGUAGGUGGGAUUCUAAACAAGUCAGAAAAAGCAAAUCAUGGUUCCUAUGGCAGCUGUAACUUGGCAACAGUGCCAAAUAUGCACAAAUAUGUAGCAUUUUCCUACUGUAUAUAGCAUUUACUGCGUUGCCACAGCAGGUGUCAUGUAAUGAUGUUGUAGAAACCACAGCUUUGAGUUUUCUGUCUUGUUGCUUAAAAACCAUAGAUGUAACGGUGUACUGGCUUAUUUAUUUACCUUCAGUUGUAUGUUAUUUCUUAAAGGAGCCAGUAUCUUUGUGAAGUAGAAGUUUCUAACAUAGUAAUUUCAAAUUAUUCUAUGAUAACUCCUUUAUAGAGAAAAUGACUGAUACUGAGUUACCUGGGCUCAGAGCAAAUAUCCCCAGUACUGGUAAGAUUCCUCUGGGGCAGUCUUAGAAGCAGAAUUGCCAGAGCAGAGGAAGGAAGCACUUUGGUGGGCACGGUGACCGUUCCAACAGACGCUCCCAUCCCUGACCUGGCCACGGGGCGCUCCAGGCACUGCAGGGACAGCUCUCAUGCUCUGUAAGGAAGGAUUUGGUUAAGAAAAUGCUGCUGAGGCAGACCCUCCAUACGCAGAGAUACUCUCUGCUUUUGAGCUGAUUUACAUACGCAUCAGUUCGAGAAUUAAAUCUAACAGAGACAGAUGUCUGGUGUUCCUCUUGAUUUUGUUUUUUAAUAAUAGAACAAACCAUAGUUGAGUAACUCAGACACGGUUAAAUCAAGCUUCUCAGAGAACUAAGUGCCUAGAAUCUUUAAGAGCGAAGUAGCUUAAUAGACUAAGUGUAGUGUAGCCAUUAUCUGUGCCAGUAAUUGUUAAUCUUGCUGAUGAAAAGUCAGAUCCGUACUGUCCGUCUUAGUGUGCUGCAUGUCAUCGUGCAGUCAAAACUGAAAAUUCACAUGUAAAAGGAUUAGUACAUGAAGCAAGAAUAGCAAAUAUAUCAGCUUAAGCUUUUUUUUUCUUGCUAAGCUCCUUAUUGUUUAAAAUAUGACUGGAAAUUCUGUGCCUGUUGGUUUUAAGAGUAUUUUCUUUGUGUAGAAUUUUAAAAAAAAACAAAUUAUAACAAGAAAUUUGGAGGGCGUUACACUUUUUUUUAUUUUGUUGGUGGCUGAGCUAAACAUUUAAAUGGGUUUCUGUUUCUCACUUCAGUGCUCAAGUGCUAUACACUACACUGGUAAUAAUCAUAUGUGUGUGUUUGAAAAAGGCUGAGAAAAAUUCAUAUUGUUUAGAAUUUAAGAGCAGUUCGCAUGUCUUUUCAGUAUUUACUGGUUUAGGACUGUAAGUCCUCUAAUCAUUGAUUAAAUGUUGUCUGUACCUCAGAUGAAAGCCAUCUCACAGAAAAUUUGAGGAGAAGGCAGGGACAAUGGUUCAGAAGUUGCUGUAAAAGUAGUUGCUGAUUCUGUCAUAGAAACUCUUUCAGAACAGCCUCCCGGAUGCGCUGAGCAGGGCCUGAGGCCAUGACAGGCUCUCCCUGUGCUUUCCCUUGAUGCCGUAAGUUAAAGUAUUCCCGCGUUCAGAUUUUUCAGAUGAUUAAGGGUAACCCGUCAGCAGUACUGAGAGCUCUCUGGGACUCUUCCCACCUUGAAAUAACUGAUGUCUGUGCCUUACAGGAUUCCUUCCAAGCCACUGAAAUGUUUACUAAUGCCUUUUGUGAGCCUGUUGCUUAUAGAAUUGCUACAUCAGAACAGCAGCAAGCACUUUUUUUACACAGUGUUAUUCAAAGAGUUCUAUUUUUGUCAUGUAUAAAUUUGUACACAGAAUUACUGUUUUAUUUGACACAAUAUAUGGUUUUUAAUAGAAA